AUGUCGACAGAGAAAAAGGUUCAGAAGAAUGCCCCACUGCCAAUGUCGUGCACCAUUGGCAUCGCCGGUGUUUCCGGCAUGCUUGGAUGGGUCUUGACACACCCGUUUGAGAUGUGGAAGAACACAGUAAUGAUGGCGCCGGCCGGCACCUCGCAGCUGGACUGCUUGCGGAAGGUACAAGAACGGGGCGCCUUCAAGGGGCUAUCGGCGGGCCUCCUCCGUCAGGUGGUAUACGCCCCAGCACGCCUUGGCUGCUACCCUAUUUUCCGCGACGCCAUCAUGGCCCUGAAACGCGCCGACCCGGGUGCGGCCCCGACUGUUGGGGACCGAGCAAUUGCUGGAGCCGUCUCCGGGGCCUUUGCGAGCUUCUUGAGUUCCCCAGUUGAGGUGUGCCUCGUGCUGCAGACAACAAGUGCGACGAAGCUUUCCAUCGGCGGUGCGGCGGCACAGGUGUACGCGGCGAACGGCAUUGCUGGGUACUGGCGCGGAAUUGGGGCCCUCGCCUCGCGUGCGGCCCUUGUGGGGGUGUGUCAGGUGGCUGUGCACGACCAAAUGCUUACGUUUCUGCGUCGCCAAAACAGCAAAUAUUCCGAACGGAAGAAGGUGACACCGUACGGCGACAACAUUGUCGUGAAUGCCGCAAGCAUUUGCACAGCCCUCUUCUAUGCCUUCUGUACAAUGCCAGUCGAAAUUGCACGUGUACGCAUGUCGUCCGAGGCUCGUCAGGCCAAAACUGUCGAAGGACAAGUUGCCAAGGUGAAAUAUACGAAUGUCGUGCAAGCCAUUUCCCGCAUUGCCCGUGAGGAGGGUGUGUUGGCGAUGUAUGACUCCUUUAUUCCGUACUUUUGCCGGUGUGCGACCCACACAGUGGCGUGCUUCUUUUUGAUUGAAUACUUGACACGGAAUGCAAAGGCGUGGCGCGCCUCCGAGUAA